AUCAAAACCUUAAAAAACAAAUUUUUGAUACAGGGGUUUAAACAAGAUGGAUGUUCUGAAAUUUGCAUCAGCUGUCUUUGUUGUCAGCUCUCUUUCUGUUUCUAUUUGGCUUCUGAAUAAGUUAUGGUUAACUCCGAUUCGUAAGCAGAGGUUCCUUAGACAGCAAGGAAUCAAGGGUAAUUCUUACAAGUUUCUUCAUGGCAAUACCAAGGAUAUUCUGUCUAUGAGAAGACAAUCUAUGGCUAUACCUAUGGAUUGCUUGUCACACAAUUUAUUUCCAAAACUUCAGCCUCACUUUUACUCCUGGCUUAAAAUUUACGGGAAGAACUUUCUGACCUGGUAUGGUCCUAGACCGGAGCUGUUUGUUACUGAAGUAGAGUAUAUCAAAGAAAUCAUGAACAAAGUACAAGAUUAUCCGAAGAUAGAAAUGAGUACAGGGUUUGUAAAGGUUUUAUUAGGAGAUGGACUUGUGACAGCAAAGGGGAAAAAGUGGGCGAAGCAGAGGAAGCUUGCUAAUCAGGUCUUUCAUGCUGACAGCUUGAAGAGAAUGAUUCCAGACAUGAUUGCAAGUGUUGAGAUGAUGCUAGAUAGAUGGAGACAACAUGAAGGAAGAGAGAUUGAAGUUUUUGAAGAGUUUAAGUUCUUGUCAUCUGAAAUUAUUUCUAGGACUGCUUUUGGGAGCAGUUUUGUGGAAGGAAGGGAUAUUUUCGACAUGUUAUCAGAGAUGGCCAUCAUAAUCACCAGAAAUAGUUACAGAGUUAGGCUCCCUGGUCUUAGUUGGUUUUCUAAAAGUAAGGACGAUAUUAGAUCAGAAAAACUUGAGCAGGAUAUAUAUGAUUCUAUAGUGAGGAUUAUGGAUAAAAGAAAGAAAGAAUGUGGUAUGCAUGGAGAAGUAGGGAGUUUCGGGACUGACCUUCUUGGCUCACUUAUGAAGGCAAUGAUUGAUUCCGACCAGGACAAAAGAAUCACUAUACAGGAUGUAGUUGAUGAAUGCAAGACCUUUUACGUUGCAGGACAAGAAACGACAUCAACCUUGCUUUCCUGGGCUGUGUUUCUUCUUGGUAGUCAUACAGAUUGGCAAGAAAAAGCAAGACAAGAAGUUUUCAACUUGUUUGGCAAGGAGCAUCCACAUUCGGAUGGCAUUGCAAGGCUUAAAAUAGUGAACAUGGUCAUCAAUGAAACACUCAGGCUCUACCCUCCUGUCAUUGAAUUUACACGACAAGUCAAAGAGGGAACGAAGUUGGGAAAUUAUAUACUUCCAGCCAAUAUCCAUGUUGUUCUUUCAACGCUGGCACUACAUCAUGACACAAAUAUAUGGGGAGAGGACGCACAUCAAUUCAAGCCCGACAGAUUUUCCCAAGGGGUUGCAAACGCUACAAAAAAUAAUCCAGCAGUGUAUAUCCCCUUUGGCCUAGGGCCACGAAGUUGUGUAGGUUUGAACUUUGCCACAAAUGAAACAAAAAUUGCACUUGUGAUGAUAUUGCAGCGCUACACCUUUACUCUGUCUCCUACCUAUAUACACUCACCAGUACAAAUCUUGACUACUCGUCCACAGCAUGGAGUACAGGUAAUGCUUCGACCUCUCUGAGGUGUAGGCCUUGCUGUAACAAACUGACAGAAUCAUAUCUAUAAUAUUUGUCAGUUCAAACUGUAAUUCAUAUGGUGGAUACUUUUCUUAGCA